CAAACGGAAGAGCAAAAAGCACCACAGAAGCCGAUGAAAGCCACCACGAUAGCAGCGGAACAUUUUCUCUCUCUUUGUAAAGCAGAUCAAGACUACUGAGUGAGAGUCCACAGAAGCCUAUCUACAAUGGCAUCGUCACUCUCCCUAUGCUUUCUCCUGGGUCUGACCGUCGUGAUGAUGUCCAUUACAUUGGAAGCAGCUCCUUCAAAGCGCUCCGCAACAUCUCUAGAGAAGAGAGCAAUGUUGACCUUGUUCUCAGAUCAUCGCGUUGCCAGAUCUCGCUCUGAUUCCGACUCAGACUCCGAGUCAGAGUCCUCCGAGCCCAAAUCUAAAUCCAAGUCAAAGAAAUCCAAAUCCAAGUCGGAAUCCGAGUCUUCUGAGUCUUCCGAAUCUUCCGAGUCUUCCGAGUCCUCAGAAUCGCCCGAGUCCCCUGAAUCUCCUGAGUCUCCUGAAUCGUCAGAGUCAGUGUCGUCGGAGUCAGUGUCAUCGGAGUCAGUGUCGUCGGAGUCGGAUUCAAUCAGUGAAGAAAGCGAGGAGUCUCCAGAGUCGGCAUCAGCGUCCGCGUCCGCGUCCGGCGAGUCAGGGGAAUCAGGAGAUAAAGAUGGAGAAACGCCAGACUUUGGACGCAAACGCCGCAGAUAGUUCAAGUAUUCCGCAGUACCUAAAUUCGAGGAGAAUCCUACGGUUCAUGCAAAUUUAGCAGCUACUAGCCAAAGCUCUAUUAUACUGAGAUUGGCGGUCACAGCUACAAAUAAAGCAUAAGCCCUUAGUUUAAUGGCCACUUUCAGUUGCUGCCUUUCUUUAGAUCACAUUUUAUUCUUUAGUCAUUGCAUGUGUGUCGUUCUUGUAUACGUAGUCCAACACGUAGUCCAAUCCGUCAUUUCCACAUCAAUCUUUCUAAAAUGUUACCCAUAUAGUACAGUGUAGACUGAUGAUUUCUCAUGUUGCAGUGUUACCUUAGAAUGUCUGCGUCUCACGACAUGGCACAUGUAUAAGCCUACAGUGUAUUGCCCGCUUAUCCAGACAAGCCUACAAUGUAUGUGCGCAGUUCGCGGACUGUUUUUCUCCUUCUUUUUGCUGUCUUGAAUCAUGAUUUACCCUGGAUGCUCGGAUAAUCUUUACACUCUCUUUUUUUCUUUUUUUUUUCCAGUGCCGAUAAGACCUCUUUUACGGGCAAACAGGAUACAAUUGACAGUGGCAUGGCGAAUGAUUAGAACACAAAACUCUUUUCUUAUGUCAAGGUCCACGUCAAUAGUGAUCAUGAACUCAUGAUGAAGGUCUUUUGGUUGGCAGAAAAAUUCAAUUCUUUUCGGACAGAAGACUCUUGAUUCCUCUUUGCA